AUGAAGAACAUCGAAUACAUUGUCACAGCCGAGUUUCACAUUGAUAAAGGGCCAUCCUUGGUUUAUCAAUAUCCAAGCAAUUUGCCAGGGCUCGAAAAACUAUAUUUUUUACCUGAAUUGAUGUUACCUGAUCAAAUUCAUAAACGGUCAGAAGAUUAUACCUUGUUUUUAUUACAUCGAAACACCCAUAAUGGUGAAUUUCAAUAUCUUUACGAUAAGAGCUGUUGCGAAGAAGAUCCAUAUUAUUUAUAUACAAUUGUUAAUAAUCAGAAGAAUGACGAGUUUAAACGUGGCUCGAGAAUCAAAUCCAUAUCUAUAAUAACCAAAUUGCCUUACUUCAAGAAUUUUAAACCUUUGUUGUUGAUAUGUUUGGAUUUAUAUUUUAGUGAGAACAACAUUGAGUAUUUAAAAGAAUUAUUUCGUGCUAUUAAUGACAAGAAUUUCAAGAUCUCCAAUGGUGAUGAAUCAUCUGUGUCAAUUAUCAAGAAAUUGUUGAUUACUUCGAUUUUGGAUUUACCUAUAAAUGAUAAGAUUUAUUACGAUGAAGCAUUCAGGAAUAAACUAUUGGGAAUAAACAAAGAUAAUCUUAUAAAUGAAGAUUUAUUCAUCAGAAAGGAUUUGAGUUUCAAUUCCGUGAUUACGUUUAAUAAAAUGAAUAUUCCUAUUAAAAUACCUUUGUUGGAUUUGCCCGAUACUAUUGGUGACUAUUUAAACCCUACUGAUUUGAAUUUCAAACCUAAUUUGAUCAAUAUUUUACAAGCUAAAUUAACAUCCACUGUGCUAAAUAACGAAUUGACUAUAUAUGGGUUACAAACUCCGCCGAUUAUUAUCUUGAUCAAUGCAAUUUUAACUGGUAAGAAGAUUAUAUUCUUGAGUUAUGAAAACUCUUCUGGUUAUAUCAUUGAUCAUAUUUUGUUGGUGUUGAAAAUUAUCACCGGUGGAGGUAUAUUAAGUGGGAUUUUAACAAACUACAAUGUAUUUCCCAUGAUUGAUGUUUCCAAGAUUGACUUACUAGAAGAAUGUGAUUCGUUUAUUGCUGGUACAAUAAACCCUUUCUUUAAACAAAAUGACAAAUUAUGGGACUUGAUGUAUGAUUUGGAUGCAAAUGAGUUUAUUUUAAGUUCUCAAUUACCACAAAGCACAAUCGAGUUUAAGAAUUCCAUCAUUGCUGAAGAUGCCAAGUUUUUAUCCAAUUUACAAUUGUCUUUGUUCAAUUAUAAUGAUGAUUUAACAACUAUUCAAUUGAUUUUUAGAAGACACAUCAAUGAGAUUAUACGAAUUUUAUUGAGUUCUAAGAAUUUCAACAAUAACUUGGCUCCAAACAAUAGAGAUCUUAUUUUAUUAUUGGAUGGAAUUGGUUACUACUGGGCAAGUGAUACGAACAAAUUACUCGAAAUUUCUUGUUAUCAAUUAAUUUCUAAAAAAUUCCAAGACUUGUUAUACAACGAGAAGUUGGUGUAUAAUCUAUUAUUACCCAACCUAUCUAAUGAGUUAAACUUGAUGAUUGAUUUACAUUAUCAUUUACAAAGUUUAAGUUCAGUAACCACCAAUAAUAAAGUCAAUGAGAGAGAAAUCUGGUUUAAUAUUUUGAAGUUCUUAAUUAGUGGGAGAUCGUUAGAAAUAUUCUUAUUAGUUACUUAUUUGAUUCCUCCAAACUCAUCAACGAGUCUACAAUCUUCUUCAGCUCAUGGGGGUAACCUUACCAUUUUUGAUAAAAACAAAGGUAUUGAAUUGUUGCUUUUGAAUUUAUUUAAUCAAGAUGAUCAGGUUAAAUCAAACAUCAUUAUGAUUUUACAGGAACUUCAAGAUAAUUUCUUAUGUGGUUGGUGCCUUGAUAAAUUUAUCAAAUCAAAUCUCAUCUACGAGAUUGCGUUCAACGAUUUGAUCAAUGAAUAG